GGCCAUAGCAGAGUACCUAUCUCAAGACCUUCCAUACAAGUUAUCAGCUGAUGAUGUUCAUCUAACACUUGGAUACACACAAGCAAUCGAAGUCAUAUUAGCAGUCCUUGCUCGCCCCAACGCCAACAUUCUAUUGCCAAGACCGGGCUACCCAUAUUAUGAAGCGCGUGCAGCAUAUAGCCAUCUUGAAUUCCGUCACUUUGAUCUUCUUCCAGAGAAAGGUUGGGAGGUUGAUCUUGAUCAAGUUGAAGCUCUCGCCAAUAAAAAUACUGUUGCGAUGAUUGCUGAGACGGCAAGGAAGCUUGGAAUAUUACUGAUUACUGACGAAGUUUAUGAUCAUCUUACUUUUGGGAGUAAUCCAUUUGUCCCCAUGGGUGUCUUUGGUUCAAUUGCUCCUGUUAUCACAGUUGGGUCGAUAUCCAAGAGAUGGAUUGUUCCGGGUUGGCGACUUGGUUGGCUUGUGACAAAUGAUCCCAAUGACAUCCUCAAGAAACAUGGGAUUGUCGAUUGCAUUAAGGGCUUUCUAAAUAUAUCCUCUGACCCUGCAACCUUCAUUCAGGGGGCAGUUCCACAAAUCCUUGGGAGAACCCCCGAGGAUUUUUUUUCAAAAAUUGUUGAAAUUCUGAAAGAAGCCGCAGACAUUUGUUAUGAUACAAUCAUGGAGAUCCCUUGCAUGACUUGCCCAAGCAAACCUGAAGGCUCUAUGUUUGUAAUGGUGAAACUAAAUGUAUCACUUCUGGAAGGCAUUGAUGAUGAUGUGGACGUCUGUGUUAAACUGGCAAAGGAGGAAUCUGUGAUAGUUCUACCAGGGGUGACUGUAGGACUCAAGAAUUGGCUUCGCAUAACAUUUGCCAUUGAACCAUCACUCCUUAAACAAGGCCUUGGAAGGAUCAAAGCUUUCUAUCAAAGGCGUGCCAAAAAAAUACAGUAG